GGCCGCCCUCGGGCUGGGGGCUGUCCAGGACACUGGCCCAGGCUCAAGAGCCGGCACUCAGGCUUGCUGGCCAUGGGGCAGCGGUCCCCAGCUCCGCGGCUGCUGCUGGCGCUGCUGCUGCUGCUGGUGUUACCGCCGCUGUCCCAAGCGCUGCGCGGGGCGCGCUGCCCGGAGCCCUGCAACUGCGCGCCCGACAGCGCCCUGCGCUGCCCCGGCCCACGGGCCGGCCUCACCAGACUAUCACUCACUUAUCUCCCUGUCAAAAUCAUUCCAUCUCAAGCUUUCAGAGGACUUAAUGAGGUCGUAAAAAUAGAAAUCUCUCAGAGUGAUUCCCUGGAAAGGAUAGAAGCUAAUGCCUUUGACAACCUCCUCAAUUUGUCUGAAAUACUGAUCCAGAACACCAAAAACCUGGUACACAUUGAGCCUGGUGCAUUUACAAAUCUUCCCCGGUUAAAAUACCUGAGCAUCUGUAACACAGGCAUUCGAAUGCUUCCAGAUGUUACGAAGAUCUUCUCCUCCGAAUUUAAUUUCAUUCUGGAAAUUUGUGAUAACUUGUACAUAACCACCAUACCAGGAAAUGCUUUUCAAGGGAUGAAUAACGAAUCCAUAACACUCAAACUAUAUGGAAAUGGAUUUGAAGAAGUACAAAGUCAUGCAUUCAAUGGAACGACGCUAAUUUCACUGGAACUAAAAGAAAACAUACACCUGGAGAAGAUGCACAAUGGAGCCUUCAGGGGGGCCACAGGGCCCAGCAUCUUGGAUAUUUCUUCCACCAAAUUACAGGCCCUGCCAAGCUAUGGUCUGGAGUCCAUUCAGACGCUAAUUGCCACAUCAUCCUAUUAUCUAAAAAAAUUGCCAUCGAGAGAAAAAUUCACCAAUCUUGUGGAUGCCACACUGACUUACCCCAGCCACUGCUGUGCCUUUAGGAACUUGCCAACCAAAGAACAGAAUUUUUCAUUUUCCAUUUUUGAAAACUUUUCCAAACAAUGUGAAAGCACAGUAAGAAAACCAAAUAAUGAAACACUUUAUUCUGCUAUCUUUGCUGAGAGUGAACUGAGUGGCUGGGACUAUGAUUAUGGUUUCUGCUUGCCAAAGACUCUCCGAUGUGCUCCUGAACCAGAUGCUUUUAACCCCUGUGAAGAUAUUAUGGGCUAUGACUUCCUUAGAGUUCUGAUUUGGCUGAUUAAUAUUCUGGCCAUCAUGGGAAACUUGACUGUCCUUUUUGUUCUUCUGACCAGUCGUUACAAACUGACAGUCCCCCGUUUUCUUAUGUGCAAUCUCUCCUUUGCAGACUUUUGCAUGGGGCUCUAUCUGCUCCUCAUUGCCUCAGUUGAUUUCCAGACAAAAGGCCAGUACUAUAAUCAUGCCAUAGAUUGGCAGACAGGGAGUGGAUGUAGUGCUGCUGGCUUUUUCACAGUAUUUGCAAGCGAACUUUCAGUCUACACCCUUACAGUCAUCACUAUAGAAAGAUGGCACACCAUCACCUAUGCUGUUCAGCUGGACCAAAAGCUUCGAUUGAGACAUGCCAUUCCAAUUAUGCUUGGAGGAUGGCUCUUUUCUACUCUGAUUGCCAUGUUGCCCCUCGUGGGUGUCAGCAAUUACAUGAAGGUCAGCAUCUGCCUCCCCAUGGAUGUGGAAACCACUCUCUCGCAAGUCUACAUAUUAACUAUCCUGAUACUCAACGUGGUAGCCUUCAUCAUCAUUUGUGCUUGUUACAUUAAAAUUUAUUUUGCAGUUCAAAAUCCAGAGCUGAUGGCUACCAACAAAGAUACAAAGAUUGCUAAGAAAAUGGCAAUCCUCAUCUUCACUGACUUUACCUGCAUGGCACCUAUCUCUUUUUUUGCCAUCUCAGCUGCCUUCAAAGUUCCUCUUAUCACAGUCACCAACUCUAAAGUUUUACUGGUUCUCUUUUAUCCUGUCAAUUCUUGUGCCAACCCAUUUCUAUAUGCAAUUUUCACAAAGGCAUUCCGAAGGGAUUUCUUUCUGUUGCUGAGCAAAUUUGGCUGCUGUAAACGUCGGGCUGAACUUUAUAGAAGGAAGGAAUUUUCUGCUUAUACCUCCAACUGCAAAAAUGGCUUCUCUGGAUCAAAUAAGCCUUCUCAGUCGACCUUGAGGUUGUCCACAUUGCACUGUCAAUACUCAGCUGUCCUAGACAAGACCUGCUACAAAGAGUGUUAACUAUUACAUCAGUAAUUGCAUUACUGAAUUAUACUUAAGUCUGAAAAAAAUUACCUGAACCAGUAAUUUUAAUAUAAAGAGUUGGUUUUAGAAAAUUAUUUAUUCUUAGGUAUGUUGAUCAAAAGACUUUUGCCUAGUUCAAAUUGUGAUCCAUGACCAUUGCCAAUCUGGGAACUAUUUGUCAUUGAUAUGUGAUGAUAUAAAAUUCAGAGGCAGCUCAGAAAUUUUGUAACAAUUUUGACAGAGUGAUUAAAUUGUUAAACCUAAUAUUAAGAAAAAUCAAGGUGGCAUUUUAUGUGUCUUUGAUUUUUUUCAUUUUAGUCUUUUAAUUUUUAUUUCACUCUAUAAAAACAAUAGUGCAUAACAGAUUGGAAAUUUAAAGUAAUUGGUCUUUUUUUCCCCCGAAUAGUUAGAAAGCCACACUCAAGAGAUUGCACUAUGCAAUCUGCUAGCCACUAGCCAUGUGUGGCUAAAUUAAGGUUACAUGAAAAUUGUAGUUUCUCAGUUGCACUAACCACAUUUUAAGUGCUUUAUGAGCACAUCUGACUAGUAAUUUCUAUACUGGGCAGCACAGAUACAAAACAUUUUCAUCUUCCCAGAAGAGUUUAUUUUUU